AUGCCGAGGAAGCCCAAGCCACCACCAGGCCUCGUUUUCCUUGCCAACGAGGCUGUGAUUACGUCGCCAUCUCGAAGAAAGACCGUGACAGACAUCACAACACCCGAAGGCACCGGUCUAAGCUGGACGGACAACCUAUCGGGGUACUACGGGGCACCUUUCAAUGCGCUUGCGGCCAAACGAUACCUCGCCGUGACAACUACAAGCGACAUGUCUCGAAUUGAGGAACACUUGAGACACUUGGAAGAUGCGGACGAGUGUGGCAAGAAACGUGGGCGCCCGCCGACCGAGAGGCGCUCCGCUUCUGCCGCUGUUGAUAUGUAG